AUGCCUCCCCGAAAAAGAGGCCACAGUCAAGCCAAGGCAAUUUGCGAAAGUCAGCCCCCAUCAGCACAUUCGUCGCUACUCUCUUUACCUCCAGAGAUCCGUUUAAUGAUCUGGCAAUACGUACUCGGCAAUAGCAUCCUGGUCACCUCUCGAGGAGUGAUAACUGACGUCGAUCCCCACAAAUCCUCGUGUCUUGAAUAUCACGGGAAAAGAUCGCAGAAUGUCAGAAAGAAACCUCCUGGCCUAUUGAGCUGGCUAUGCACAAACCGUCAAAUCCACACGGAGGUUCAGCCCCGCGUGAAUCAAUUUAUCAGCUGGCAAACUUGUGAUAGAAUAGACUGGGAACAUCUUGUGUCUUUCCCAAAUAGCACGGCGCAAUUCAGGCUAGAUAACAUCCAAUGUCUGUCUGUGUGUCAGCAUAUCGUCAUUGAGCACGAUCUUCAAGAUGGGUUUAACAUUAAACUCUCAAAAGACGGCUCUGGAAGGGGACGUGAGGACUGGUGGUGGUGUACUUUUGAUAAGGCUUUCCCCAUUGACGGCGAGAGUUUGGACAAGCGGAUGCCGGGACUGAAAGAAGUCCGGGUACGGUUGUUUUUUACCUGCCGAAGACGCCAGGGUAAUGAUCGACCGGUGAUCGGUCAGUACAAGAAUGGGAGGCCUAAAGUGGGCCAGCUGUAUCGCCCAAAGAAUCCGGCUCCACUUAUUUGCCAGGAUAACGACGAGACUGUGAAAGAGUUGGGCAGGAGAGUGUGUGAAGAACCGCCGCUGCGGAUGUUUAAGGGCGGCAAAAGAAAAUCAGUGGAAUUAAUAUUUCAACUAGAUCGCAUUGAGCAUGACGAAAAUAAUCAGCCUCCUAGCCCUCACGACGUCUGUUGGUGCAAAAAGAGAAGGAUUGACGAUUCAGCCUUUCCUAGAACUUUACUGACGAGCGUCAUCAAGGAACAAUUGUUAUUGCCGGAGGCAUGA